AUGUCUAGUACCACUGUGAUUUUCAUUGAAAGAGCCACUUUGGCUACCCUAUCUGAGUUUAAAGAUGUGUUGGCAAAUAUCCUUCUGUCGAUAGGAGAAAGUUGGUCGGUAGAAGUACGUCCCUACCGUGCUCGAAUAUCUACCACUGAAUCUUCCGAUUUUGGUAAACUUAUGUACUCCAUUACCUUUCCCAGCCAUGAUCAAAAGACAGUCAUCAUUAAAGACCAGAAAUUUGCCUUAGUCACAACUAGCAAUGUGAAGAAUGUAUCGAAUGACUUACUGGAGAACAAUUGCACUUCUGGGUUCAUAGACUCCAUGGAUUCCAUCUUGACAAACAAAUUGUCGAAUAUUUGGGAUCAAAGGCAACUCAUAAGAGGUGAAAGCGGAGAAACAUUCAUCACGAAAUUGAAAUCCACGAUAAAAGCGAUUAACCUCUUCUCUUCUACAGGGUUUAAAGGUCUCUUGAUUGAAAUUGAUACCACGCAUGCGGAUGAAGUUCAAGAAGUUAAAGAUAUAUUGAAAAAUAUUGGUAUUAAAGACUAUCAAAUUUGUCAAGACAGUAUGGAUGAAACAAAUCCUAACUAUAUAUGUGAUCUUGCAUAUCAGUACGUGAAGGUCCUGGAAUAUUAA